ACUUAUACAAAAAAAGUGACAGUCACAAACCCGACAUUAUUAACUAAACAAACGCCACAUUACAAAACAAUGCUGUGAAUCUGACGGGGAGUUGUAGGGCGACACCACGUGCUUGCAGCCCACGCGGCUUUAGCGCCACGAGGACAGACACAACUGCUCAAAUUCACGUAUUUAAUAUGAUUAUACAACAAUGCGUCAGCAGAAGAUAACAACAAGCGUUAAUAAACUACCCCCGUUUAGAUUUUAUUGCAUUAGCGCUUGAAGCUGGAGAGAUUCACAUUAGCAUGGGUUAGCAAGGACUCAACCACGUGUUCCUUCAGCGGAUCAAAUACUCAGAGCGCCACUUUUAUAACCGAACAACAUCUCAAAGCACUGCGAUAGGUUUCAGAACAUCGAUCCAAAACACUAAAGAGAGAUGCGCAGAGCAGUUACAGGAUGUCUGAUGCUGGUGUGUGUUGUUGCUCUUCUGGCCGAUCAGGCAGAGGGACACAUCGCCUUCUUCAGCCCUAAAGAGAUGAGAGAGCUCAGGGAGAAGGAGGGAAGGAAGGAUGCUGAUCCGAGAGCGGAGGGGGUUUUGAUUGAAGAGACGUCUCUGGAUGAAGAUGGAGGAGAGUCAGCGGGCCAGCCUGUGGAAAUAGGGCUGAAGCUGACUGCUAAAAAGGGCCACAUCGGAUCUGCAUUCGGUAAGAUGCUGCAGAGCAUCGUAGAAGAGCCAGAGACCGCGAAAUAAGGCCGGCAUUUUUAUCAGCAUUCAUUGACUUCUAUUGCAGACUGAUGAUUCAACAUUUGUUGCAAACACACAUUUUGUCUACGAAUGUAAUAAAAAUGAAAAUAAAUUAAAAUGAAAAUAAAUAAAUUCAAUUGCAUAAAAAUUCAGUUUCUUGUCAUAUCUGAAUUCAAACUGUUAAACAACAUGCUAAAUAAAUUUUAGGAUUGUCUGUAAAUUUAAAUACUUAAGUUUCCUGUAAUACUACAUUAAUGAAUAUCGUAUAAUAUACCCAAUUGUUAUUGUAAAAUCAUGCUUUGCAUUUUAUUCCACUAAUGCCUUUAAGACUUUGCAUUGCAGAAGUCUCUUAUGCUCACUAAGGCUGCAUUUACUUGAUCCAAAAUGCAAUAAAAAACUGAUUUG